GUGAAUUCAUGGGCGUCGAAGGCCCAUUGCCCGUCGGCGCCGGGGUCAUUGAAAGACCCCGGCGCCGCCGCGGUCGUGCGGCGUCGUCCGGAGGGCCAUGGCUGGCUUCGAGGUCUCCAGCGGCCUGUCCCACUACCAGCAGCUGGGCGUGGCCCGUACCGCUACAGCACACGAAGUGCGGCGCGCCUAUCUGGAACUGGCACGUCAGUUGCAUCCGGACAAAUGCUCUGCGCCGGAUGCAGCCUUGCGCUUCAUCCGCAUCAACGAGGCGUGGGAGACCCUCUCAAAGACCCAUGCACGGCGCGCCUACGACCUCUAUCUGGACACAGCGUUCUCGCAGGCACCGCAACUACGUAUGCCGAGUCAGGCAGCAAGGACGACCUCGACGGUUUGUAGCUCUCUCAGCCAGCUCUUGGAGAUGACGGAGGACCGCAACAGUGCGAAGAUCACGGAGCUGCGACGCGAGUGCGAGCGUUGGGGCGUGAAGUUCCCCACUGGAUCUUUGGAACGACCCGAGCUCUUGAAGUUCGUCUUUCACGCGGUGCGAGGCGAGCUGGAUGCGCGUGUGAAGUCGCAGGAGUGGCACCGCGUGAGCAAGGACGACUUGGUGGCAUGGCUCAGCAUGAUGGGGUGCUCGCAGUAUGCCCUGACGUGCGAGACCAUGAACAAGGAACGGCUGAUCCUCCUCGCGCGUGAUCUGGUGGCCAAGGGUGCAACUUGGAGCACUCCGUUUCGUGGUGUCGCGGCCACACGCCCAAGCUGCCCACAGGAGGGUCAAGCCCCAUCCCCCAGAGGGUCGGGUCCGUCGGACGUGCGUCCACAGGCUGCACAGGAGGCAAGACCAGCAAGCAACACUUGCAGUGGAGCCUCCAAGAUACCCAAACCCAAGAGAAAGGCUGCGGCGAGCAAGCGCCGGUUCACUCAGGCCUACGGCUUUGGGCGAACCUUGCUGGAGGCCUUCCGGCGGCAGAGGCCCGUACCUCCCGAGGCAACGACGACGAAGGCGACGAGGACGGAAGCGCCCAAGGCGAAGACCAGGAGUUUCACUUCGUCCAGGCAGAAGCCGAAGAGACAGGCGGAGGCCAAGGCCAAGGCUGACAGAUCAAGGACGCCGCGUGCGCCGUCGACGGCCUCGGCGAGGCGUGUACCGACGCCGCAAAGAAGAGCCUCCAAAGAAGCUGCUGUGGAGCGGCCAAAGCUCCAAAAGCUUCUCCGUUGGCAAGGGAGGAAACCGUGUUGCGUGGUGUCCAGCUCUUCGACCAGCUCUUCCUCCAGCUCUUCAAGCACCUCCACCUCGAGCCCUCCGCGCUCGCCACCCGUGAGCCGUCCGAAGGCGAAGGCGAAGGCGAAGCGGAAGACGUCGACCACGCAGAACGACGCAGAGAAGAUUGAGGAGCUUCGCUUUGACUUGCAGGCGAUCCGCCUGGCGGCCAUGGCGGAUCACCCCAAGGCCCUGGCCACCUUACUGGAACUUGAGACGCUGGAGCAACAGGGGAGGAUCGCGCCCAAAGAGCGUCGCAGGCUGCUGACGGAGCUGAAUCGUGCAUGGUGGCGGCGGGAGGUGCAUGGCAAUGUGGCCUUUAAGGCUGCCAAGCUGCUGCUGCAGUGGAUGAAGCUGCAGACCUGAGGUCGCCGCCCCUUCCCGCGGCCAGCGUCCAGCUGCAGCUGGUGUUGAGUUUUAGAUCGGAAGAUGUUGACCUCACUGAAUGGCCACCGAUUGGGAUCGUGCGUCGGCGAACGAGGUUGCUCCAUCAGCGUCGCCUGAAUUUACAAAAGACCACAUGGUAAAUACAAAGCGAUGUCAUGUCGAUCCAUGAUGGCCAACGGAAAGUUUCGUUUGGGACACCUGACCACAGAGUGGCUGGGGACGUCCAAGUUGAAACAGCCUGCAGUAUCCAUCCCUUCACCUCAUCCCUUGGUAGGUCCAUGUAUGUGCAGAUGCGUUCGAAGCCACGCUGUGCAGAUGGCUCUCCGCACUGACUCGGUUGGGGAGUCGGUGUGUGGGCAUAAUUCGUGCCGCACCAGGAUGUCCCAGAAGAUCCAAAAACCAUGUCCAGGAUAGAAACGCAUCAUGAAUCUGGGGCAUGUGCCAGC